AUGUCAUGGUUCAACAGCAUUCUUCUCUGGGCCGCUAUCUGCACUAUAUCAGCUCUUGUAUACUCUGCCACCUAUAAUGCAUUCUUCCACCCAUUCAGCAGGGUCCCUGGGCCACGCAUCAACUCUAUUUCGCGAUUCCCUUGGAUCCGAGACUGGCUGUCGGGGAACUUGCACAAAUCCGUCAAGAAGAUGCACGAAAGGUAUGGUGAGGUAGUGAGGAUUGCUCCCGACGAACUGUCGUUCAUAAGCCCUGGAGCCUGGAAUGACAUAUACGGCAUCAAGAGCGGAAAGUCCUUUGUACGGGAUCCCAAGUGGUAUGCAAACUUGACAGAGGGACAAGAUGAUAUUAUCGUUGCCAAUGAAACGAAGCACGCACAUUUCCGCAAGAUUUUCAGUCCCUUCUUCUCAGACAAGUCAAUUCGGCAGAACGAGCCCGUCAUCCGAAGGAAUAUUGAUCUUCUCGUGGAGAGGCUAAAGGAUCAUAUUAAGGGUACAGAUGGUGUUGCUGACAUGGUGAAAUGGUACAAUUGGACCACUUUCGACAUCAUUGGAGAUUUGCUCUAUGGAGAGCCAUUUGACUGCUUGAAGAAUGCUGAAUACCAUCCGUGGCUUGCCGUCGUCUUGCAGAAUAUUCGACUUAGCUCAUAUAUUGCACUGAUGGAGCGGUACUCCUUCUUGAAGAAACUCGUCAUGGCACUGUUACCACAGAACCUUUUGGAGAAACGAAAUAUGCAUCUAGACGUCAUUAGAGAUAAGUGCAGACGUCACGAUGGGAAAGGCACCGAUCACAGCAUUGUCGGCUCUAUUGACCCAGCGAAUGCCUCGUUGACCGAAGGAGAGCUGGAGGCCAACCUUGCUCUGAUGACAAUGGCUGGAAGUGAGACAUCGGCUACAACUAUGUCCGCUGCUACUUAUUACCUGGCCACAAACGAGACUGCAGCUUCCAAGGUUGCGGAGGAGAUCCGAUCCGCGUUCAAGGGGGAACUAGACAUCUCAUGGGCUGCAGUUCAAAAGCUACCAUACCUCAAUGCAGUCAUUAAAGAGACGCUUCGCCUAUAUCCUCCUACGCCUGUCGGUCUCCCUCGCAGAGUCAUAAGUAAAGGAGAGACGGUCAUCGGGCAUUUCAUACCUAAAGAUAUGGUGGUAUAUAUUACGCAAUAUAGCGCCUAUCGAUCUCAAUCCAACUUCCGCGAGCCAGACAAAUUCAGGCCUGAAAGGUGGCUUGACGAUCCGGCUUUCAAAGGUGACAAUCUCGACGCUGUCCAACCAUUCAUCACCGGCCCAUACAGCUGCAUCGGAAAGAGUUUGGCUUACAUGGAAGUUAGUCUUGUUCUGGCAAGAAUGCUGUGGAAUUUUGAUUGGCAAGCUGGAGAGAAAGAUUUAAGCUUUGAGGAUGAAAAGGUUUACGCAUUAUGGCAGAAAUCGACUUUGAACAUACGGUUUACAUUACCUAGUACCGAGUAA